CCCCUCCCUCUUGACCCUGUAUCCAAGUCAAGUUCCUUCUACCAAUGGACUUCUCUGCGAAUCCUAACCCUAACCCUAAUUACAACUUCGCCGUCGGUAACACCGAUUUCUACCCAGAAUUCGAGCUUCCAGAUUUUCUCAUGCUCGAUGAUGGCGGCUUUGAGGAGGAGGAUCACUCGUCAUCGCAAAGUAUGGUGUCGUCGGAAUACAAAAGAAAGGGCAGCGGCAGCGGUAGUGGUGGCCCGGAUGGAUCCAAUGAUGCAACAUCAAGAAAUAGUGACAUAAACUAUAAGAAUGAAGGAGCAAGGAAGAACAAGAUUGGAGCGGGGCAUAGGAUUGCAUUUAGAACGAAAUCAGAGAUGGAGGUGUUGGAUGAUGGAUAUAAGUGGAGGAAGUAUGGAAAGAAGUCGGUCAAGAACAGUCCGAAUCCGAGAAACUAUUAUAAAUGUUCAAGUGGAGGAUGCCAUGUGAAGAAGAGGAUAGAAAGGGACAGAGAUGACUCAAGCUAUGUAAUUACAACUUAUGAAGGAGUACACAACCAUGAGAGCCCUUGCAUGGCCUACUACAACCAGAUGCCUUCUCUCAUGCCUUCCACUCUGCAACCCAAUUCUUCUCCCUCCUCUUCUACAUGAAAAAUACAGAGGCAAGAUCCACUUACAUUAGUGUAAUAAUUCACAACUCUUAUACAAGUCAAUAAUUUUCAGUACAAUUUAUAUGUUUUGUUAAGCCAAAUCGAAUUGAAUGUUCUAUCAAUGUAGAUCAUAAUAGUUGUAACUAUUUGUUCAAAUAAUACUAUUAAUAUAUAUGAGUGAGGUUA